AUGGAUAAUAUCAACGCUUAUCACCUCUCGGUGUUCCCAUACUCUCUAGAUGAUCAGGAGCAAGGAGGAAAUCCCACAACAAUCUACCUCAAUGCCGACGGCAUGAGUCAUACUGAGAUGCAUACCCUAGCAAAGGACAGCGGGCAUGAAUGCGGAUUUGUAUCCUCUAUCAAAGUAGAAGAGGACAGCUUUUGUGAUUUUCAAAUGCAGUACUGGGUCCCGAAUCACGAAAUGGAGAUGUGCGGACAUGCGACUGUUGGGGCUGUCUGGAUCAUGAACCAACUCGGAUUGCUACCAAAUAGUGGCAAAACAUCUAUUCUGACCAAGUCUGGCAGGGUUGAGGUACAGGUUAUUCGUGAACAUGGCAAUCCAGAACCACGUAUCCUUGUUUCUCAGCCACCAGGUAUAGUGGAAAACCUGUCUGAUGACCAUGUCCUUGAAAUUGUCUCUUGUCUUAAAAUCACGACAGACCAACUUUCUUCAGCAAAUAAAGUGCAAAAUGGACGCACUUCUCGAACAAAAACUCUGAUACCUAUCAAGAAUCGUGAUAUUCUCGACGGAAUAAAUCCUGAGUCGAAUUCAGUUCGGGAAAUUUGCGAAAAGAUUGGCUCUACUGGGCUCUACCCGUAUGUCAUUCUGAACGCUGAGGACCAACUUGUUGAAGCCCGGCAGUUCCCAAAAUCUUCCGGUUAUAAGGAAGACUCUGCAACGGGAGUUGCAGCCGCAGCACUUGUGUUCAGCCUUUUGCAUGAUGGUCAGAUAGCCGCUGGAACGGCUAAGCCGAUUGUUGUAAGGCAGGGAUGGAGUAUGGGAAGGCCAUCGGAAAUCCAGGUAGACUUGAAGGAGAAAAACGGCAAUGUAGAAGGUUGCUGGAUUUCUGGAAAGGUGAGAUGGCUCAAAUAG